AUGUCUUCCAUAUCCCACCUAACAAAUCUAUUCAGCCUCAAGCUGCAAUCUCGCUUCAGCUCAAAAGCAAAAUACCCCUCAAUAUUUGACGACAACUUUUCUCAGCGGGUGCAGAUUCCUCCACGCAGACGUCGCCCCCUGACGCCGUCGAUGAUGUCAAGAAUCCUUAAUAAACAACUACGAGACUUGAAAGGACUGAAAACGAGACUGAGAACAAAAGAACUUCGAGCGAGGAGAGAGUUUAUAGCGAGUGAGAGGGCGGAGAAGGUGCAGUUAGCUCCGCCGUAUAGGGGGAGUAGAUUGAAUCCUGAUUUUGAGGUUCGAAAAGAUGAACUUGGUAUUUGUUCCCCUUUUUGCUAUCCUUGUGCACCUUCUGAUCUUGGAAAAUGGUGGGAUGAAGGAAUAGACUCUUUUCUGACAAAUAUACAGAUGAAAAUCCAACUAUCAAGAAAUGGAAUGCGUUGCGUCUUAUAGUUUGCCGACGGUCAAAGAUCGCGUAUGAGAUCGAGAAGAAGACGGAGAAAUUGGAGAGACUUUCUAGAUAUAUUUUGGCAUACAGAAAGGCGCAGAAGAGGGGAGUGGGAAGUUUCAACGUGGAACUGUGGUGUGUUGCGGACAAGAAGAAAUUGGGUCGGAAGUGGAUGGAGAAUUCACCUUAUUUUUACGACUGA